AUGGCCCUAACUUACCAUGGUGGUGCUUUGCUUGAAGGGGACCUCCCAGUUUCAAUUCUAUGGUAUGGAAAUUUCGCACCACCCCAAAAAUCCAUUGUUGUUGAUUUUCUUCUCUCUCUUAAUCAUAUUGAUCCACAAAAAGACCAACAAUCCAAGUCCUCAGUCUCUCUCUGGUGGGGCACAGUCCAAACCUACAUGAAAAAAGCUGGCAAAAAGCCAACCCGCAUUUCUCUCUCAACCCAACUCUCAGACAAAAACUACUCAAUUGGCAAAAACUUGAAGAAAUCUCAUGUCUCCGAGUUGGCUCACCGGGUCAACUCGUCACCCGGUGAGUUGACUCUUGUUCUCACAUCGCAUGACGUGGCGGUUGAGGACUUUUGCAUGAGCAACUGUGGGUCCCAUGGCCACAAAGGCAACUCGGUCUUCAUCUGGGUUGGCAACUCGGUGACUCAAUGCCCGGGUCAGUGUGCGUGGCCGUUUCACCAACCCGUGUACGGGCCACAGACAUCACCGCUGGGUGCACCCAACGGUAACGUGGGGGUGGAUGGCAUGGUCGUAAAUAUCGCGAGUCUUUUGGCCGGUUCUGUGACGAACCCGUUUGGAAGCGGCUACUAUAUGGGCUCGGCUGAGGCUCCCCUGGAGGCGGCUUCGGCUUGUCCUGGGGUGUAUGGGAAAGGGGCUUAUCCCGGUUAUGCUGGGGUGUUACAAUUGGACACAAGUUCUGGUGCGAGCUACAAAGCGAUUGGUGUGAACGGGAGGAAGUACCUCUCGCCUGCUCUGUUUGAUCCUAAUACUUCUCAGUGUUCAACCAUUGAGUGA